GCGCAGGGAACAGAAAUCCAUUCAAAGGGGCCAUCUCGUUCGAUAACAUCGGAUUGGCUUGGGUGGCCAUAUUUUUAGUGAUCAGCUUAGAAGGCUGGUCAGAUAUUAUGUACUACGUACAAGAUGCUCAUUCGUUUUGGGAUUGGGUUUAUUUUGUGCUUCUUAUAGUGAUCGGUUCUUUUUUCAUGAUCAACCUGUGCCUCGUUGUCAUUGCCACUCAGUUUUCGGAGACAAAGAAACGCGAGAUGGAACGCAUGCGCUUGGAACGAUCGACAAUGAACUCCAGCAGCAGCUUAGCCAGCAACUCUUUUUCCGAACCUACCGGUUGUUAUAAUGAGAUUGUCAAGUACAUUGCCCAUUUAACCAGGUGCGGAAGGAGGAGACUCCUGCUUUGGUACAAGCACUUCCGAAAAAAGCGUCGUAAAGAGGAGUACGGCCGAACUAGUAUAUCUUUGAGGAGAACGAGAAGAUCCUCAUCGCAACAACAACAGCACUCCGGCUCGUUUGCAUCGUCGGGAAGGCGGUCUUCGAAACAACGAAGGUCUUCCGUGCCGUCCCUGAACGGGAACCAUGGAUCCCGGAAGACGCCGACCCACGUGCACCCGAUGCCUGAAAUGGCCGUGCUACAAGUUCCGUUCGCGGAGAGCCCUCAAGCUCCAUGCGCGAGUCCGGAGAUUUCGGACAUCGAUCUCAUGUGUUCGCCUCGAAGGCCGAACCUCGAUGUACCGACGACUGCCAGCGUCAGGGACCAACCCUCAUGCAGCGGAAGUGAAAACAUUUUCUAUGGAGAUUCUGUGUCGACGUUGCCUCAAGACAUGACGAAAGAACCCUCGAUGUCUCCACAUGUGCCCAUUUCCAUCGAACCCAGGAGGAGAAGGAUAUCUAGCGGAAGUUCCAGACGUACGCGCCCACUGACAUGCACUCAACUCCUCGCCCUUAGUGGCACACAGGGCGUAGCCUUCGCUGCCAGCUGUGCGAGCAAUUUCGCUGUACACAGGCUCUGCGCCGGUACAAGGAGAGGUGAGUAG